AGGGAAGGUUAGUUACCUGUAAUCAUCGCCUCCAAAUGCCGAGACGGCCGAGCGCACAGGCGCAGAUAUCGCUAGGCUUGGUUUCUAUGGUUUCCGGGGCAAGACGGCGGAUGAAAAGCCGACUUCCGGUAUCGCGCUGCAAACGUCGCGCUGCAGGCAUCCUUUGCGGCAGGCGCCCGCGUCUCAAGCCAUCGUCUCGUAGCGGCGGCCAGCGAAGGCUCUGCGUGAUUUCGAACCCGCUAGCCUCUUGAGCUCAUUUCGUUCUUCCCAUCAGGCACGCUGCGUUCCAGCCACGCUGGGGUUUCAGUAAUCCUCAGACACAACAGCACCUUCGACUGUAGCUCGUGCUGUUGCUCUGCUGAACCCUCUGCCCACUGAUCUUCACUUGGCGAACUCAUAACCCAUCUUAAAGCCAUGCCUUUCUUUGAUGUGCAAAAAAGGCUGGGCCUUAACUUAGAUCGAGGGCUGACAAUCCAAAGUGCUGAACAGCCCUACAAGAUUCCUGCUCGAUGCCAUGCUUUUGAAAAAGAAUGGAUUGAAUGUGCACAUGGAAUUGGUGGUAUCCGGGCAGAGAAAGAGUGCAAGAUAGAAUUUGAUGAUUUUAUAGAAUGUAUUCUUCGGCUGAAAACGAUGACACGUAUGAAAGCCAUCAAGAAGCAGCGGGAUAAGCUCAUAAAGGAAGGGAAGUACACCCCUCCACCUCACCACCUGGGCAAGGGGGAGCCUAGGCCCUGAGCAGAGCAGCUGCUGACGGCUGGAGGCUGAGUUCAUAUUAUCUGUUAUCUAUCAGAAAGAUUGUUUACCAGAAGUCUCUUUGUCGGACUGUGUAAAAAUAAAGGAUUGCUCCAAUCUA